GGCAACCCUGCCGAGCAAAAGAAGCGGUUUCUAGUGCCUCGUGUUUAUUUACAAUUUAUCGGUAAAAAACCAAAAGAUUAAUCGCAAGUGAUUUAAGAUCUUAUUCUCCAGUGUGAAUUAUCUUAAAUAGUGUGCUUAAAAGCAACAAUAUGAGUACUUUCGAUGAGAAGCAAAUGGACAUUGAUGGAGCAGAUGAUGUAAUCGACAGCUGCACCGUCAAAAGUGUUCCAUCAUGCUCAUCAUCUAUCCUGAAUUCUUCGGUCAAUGGUGAUGAUUUCUACGAAGACGACGACGACUUCGAGGACGGUGUUAACGUCACCAUAAUGUCCGCAACAACUACGGCUGACAAAACAGCGGUAGCAAUCAGUGCUUCGGAAUCAAGUCUACCCGGUAAUCAACAGCAAAUCAAGUUGAAUGGAGCUGCUAGGAAGCGGUACAAGCGUAUGAUUGCUGAUGGAGUAGACUCAAAGGAGGCGUACCGUCUCGCUCGCAUUCCGUGGCAAACACCAGUUUCAGAAAAACGGUCGCGCAACUCCGAUCUUAGUGGCUCUAACAGUAGUGGAGGGAAUCCGCCUAAGAAACAAAAUUUCUGCUCAAAUUCUGAUCCAAAAAAUGGAUCAAACAAUCCACCUCAGAUGAAAUUUUCGGUCCAAAAUCGUUUACAACUGCAUUCAAAUGUACGCUCUGGACGUGUAGAAACGAUACAGAGCGACAACAAGCCGUCUUUCAGUUCUGUUUUACAAUACGUUAGGGUAGGAAUCGUUCCGAAAGACUACCCUGACGUAGAACUUUCCUCUCAACAAUUAUUAGCAACACGAAAAGCCAUUCUUGCGAAAGUUGUGCAACAACGUAAAGAAUUAAUUAAAUCCAAAUUUGGUCAAUGUUCGUUCAGGCCCGGGCAUCUUAUUCUCGUCUGCAAAAACCAAGAAACAGCGGAUUGGCUAAAAGGCACAGCUUCUACUUUAUCCAUUCCUGGAGAAGUAGAACUCGUUGCCUUGGACGAGAAAAUCAUUCCACGGUCUGAAAUUAUUAUCGGGUUCUUUCCUGUGAGCGCAGAAGACAGCACAGAUGAGAUUCUGGCGCUUCUCGAAAGCCAAAGCGAUGGGUUAAACACAGAUGAAUGGCGCAUAAAGGAGCGAAAUACCAUCAAUGAAUUACACGCUGAACUUAUUUUUACGGUUGAUGGAGCUUCGAUGGACACAAUCAAGAAGUGUGAAUUCCUUCUUGAUUAUAAGUUCGGGACAGCUCCACUCCGUCGCAAGCUUCCUCCAAGAAAUAAAGCAUCAAAUCAAACGACCGAUGGAUCGGACGAAAUUGUUGGUAAUUCUGGGAUGAUUGGCAAACCAGCAGAGCAGCCCACUGCUCCGACUGGGUCGGGAGGACUUGAGCAGACGAAGAUCCCUUUGCAACACCUCAAGAACACUGGAGACAUGGCAUGUGAUCCAAACCCUGGAAUGAUAUGUUUACCUGGUACUAGUGGGAUUGGAAAUGCUAGUAAUCGGCUAUCUUCCAAAAAAAUCCCUAAAGAACCUCUUGGUGGUUUCAACACGAGUCUGAAGCAUCAUGGAGUGCAAAAUGAGUCACUGGCCUUCAGCGCUCGGGCAGUGACCCGUGAUAACGAGACAAUUGCAAACAACAAUCCUCAAAGCGGAAAGGAACCGCUCGCUCAUCCUCACGUGCAAGGCGUGAAAAACUCCAGCCUAGGCGAAUGGCAUGGGGCAGAACGUGAAAAUGGAAACUCGCAAAAUGUUGCAACUUUUGCCGCUUACGAAUCGUUCCUAGGUAGUAUGCAGUCGAUGCAGUCGGAGAGGUCAGGAAGUGCAAGACGAUCGAGGACGACAAACUGUAAUACCCUGCACAAUUGCAUAAUUGACUCAAUAUUGCACCCGACCGGCGGCAGUGGCUGUGUUUCAGUUCUUGGCAUGCUUCCGCAUAGGCCAGGCCAACCGGCACGACGAGGCGACCAUCAUCGUUGGGUCCAUUUGACUCUGUGUAAGCAAAGCACAGGAAAAAAAAACGUCAACGUUAUUCGCCGUCGUCAUCAUGGUAGACAAGCCAUCGACGGAAAGACCGGCAUCGUCAUCAACAACGGAAACAACGACGACGACGACGAACGUCGUCGUCCUCAUCUACGAGGACCAACUACACUUGCAACUCCACACUGGGUCCUGCUCGGUGAAUGGAAGUGCAAGAAAAAUGGCUAG